GCAGAGCAACGUGCAGUACGAUGCGGGGGUUUCUCAACUCCGCGGCACUCGUCUCUUCUGAAGGAUAGGCUUUACCUAUCCCUUUGUAAAUUAUAUUUUUGUAGGAUUUUUAUAAUUGUUUCAUCCAAGACUGUCUCCGGACCAAUAAUUUGCAUUCUGAUCGGAAUCUGUCUCAACUAAAUGCCCGUGGCGUAGCGAAAUAGGGGCACUUUGAGUGAAGGACGCGUUGGUUUACUUACAAUCAUUCAACAGAUAAAAACCAUCCGCGGAUCAAAGUUGAUCUGGAUAUCUGCUUGCCUGGAUAGAACGCAACCAUGGCGGAUGCUGCAGCCGAAUACGGCGUGAAAGUAAUGUGCCGAUUUAGGCCACUAAAUGAAUCCGAAAUAACAAGAGGAGACAAAUACAUCCCCAAAUUCAAAGAAGACGACACCGUGGUUAUAACUGGUAAACCGUAUGUCUUUGACCGCGUCCUGCCUCCCAAUACAGCCCAGGAGCAGGUCUACGAUGCCUGUGCCAAACAGAUUGUUAAAGACGUCCUUGGAGGAUACAAUGGAACCAUCUUUGCCUAUGGACAGACCUCCUCGGGGAAGACCCACACCAUGGAGGGCAAGCUCCACGACCCCCAGCUGAUGGGAAUCAUCCCACGCAUCGCUCACGACAUCUUCGAUCACAUCUACUCCAUGGACGAGAACCUCGAGUUCCACAUCAAGGUCUCGUAUUUUGAGAUCUACCUGGACAAGAUCCGAGACUUACUAGAUGUGUCGAAGACCAACCUGGCUGUGCAUGAGGACAAGAACAGAGUUCCCUAUGUCAAGGGUUGUACAGAACGCUUUGUGUCCAGUCCAGAGGAAGUCAUGGAUGUCAUCGAUGAGGGAAAGGCCAACCGGCACGUGGCUGUGACAAACAUGAAUGAGCACAGUUCCAGAAGCCACAGCAUCUUCCUGAUCAACAUCAAACAAGAGAAUGUGGAAACAGAGAAGAAACUGUCAGGGAAGUUAUACCUGGUGGAUCUGGCUGGGAGUGAGAAGGUCAGUAAGACAGGUGCUGAAGGAGCCGUGUUGGACGAAGCUAAAAAUAUCAAUAAGUCCCUCUCUGCUCUGGGGAAUGUCAUCUCUGCUCUGGCUGAGGGGACAAAAAGCCACGUCCCGUACAGGGACAGCAAGAUGACCCGUAUCCUGCAGGACUCUCUAGGGGGGAACUGUAGGACCACCAUCAUCAUCUGUGCAUCUCCUUCCAUCUACAACGAGUGUGAGACCAAGUCUACCCUCAUGUUCGGACAGAGAGCCAAGACCAUCAAGAACACUGUGUCUGUGAACCUGGAGCUGACUGCUGAGGAGUGGAAGAACAAGUACAACAAGGAGAAAGACAAGAACAAGAGUCUGAAGAACGUUAUCCACAGGCUGGAGAUGGAACUCAACCGCUGGAGGAACGGUGAGAACGUCCCUGAGGAGGAUCAGCUGAGUGCUAAGGAGCAGAAGCACCUGGAGCCGUGUGACAACACUCCCAUCAUAGAUAACAUGGCUCCAGCUAACGGACUGGUUCUGGUCUCCACCGAGGAGAAGAGCAAGUACGAGGAGGACAUCAGCAAUCUGUACAAACAACUGGACGACAAGGAUGAUGAGAUCAACCAGCAGAGCCAGCUGGCUGAGAAACUCAAGGAACAGAUGUUAGACCAGGAUGAGCUGCUGGCGUCGACGAGAAGGGACUAUGAGAAGAUCCAUGAGGAUCUGUCUCGUCUGCAGACGGAGAACGAGGCUGCCAAGGAGGAGGUGAAGGAGGUGCUGCAGGCGUUGGAGGAGCUGGCUGUGAACUACGACCAGAAGAGCCAGGAGGUGGAGGACAGGAGCCAGGCCAACCAACAGCUGCAGGAGGAGCUGCAGCAGAGGACUACGGUCCUGUUGUCAGUUCAGAUGGAGCUGACCACGCUCCAGGAGCUCAGUGGACACCAGAAGAAGAGAGCUGCAGAGAUCCUCCACCUGCUGCUCAGAGACCUCAGUGAGAUAGGAGCCACCAUGGGCACCAGCGACAUCAAGGUGAUGGCUGAGGGGAACGGUAACGGUGGAGUGAUUGAGGAAGAGUUCACCAUGACCCGUCUCUACAUCAGUAAGAUGAGGUCAGAGGUCAAGUCUCUGGUGAACCGCUCCAAGCAGCUGGAAAGCUCCCAGGGUGACACCUCACGCAAGAUGGCCGCCAACGAGAAGGAGCUUGCUUCCUGUCAGCUGCUCAUCUCCCAGCACCAGGCCAAGAUCAAGUCCCUGACAGACUACAUGCAGAACAUGGAACAGAAGAAGAGACAGCUGGAGGAGAGUCAGGACGCUCUGACUGAGGAGCUGGCCAAGAUGCACGCUCAGGAGAAAAUGCACGAGGUGUCAGUGGUGGACACGGAGAAGGAGCACGUCAGUAGACUGGAGGGUGAAGAGGAGGUUAAGAAGACUCUAGAACAGCAGAUGGAGGCUCACAGAGAGGCCCACCAGAAGCAGCUGGCCCGACUCAGGGACGAGAUCGAUGACAAACAGAGGACGCUGGAUGAACUCACAGAUCUGAACCAGGGCCUGAUGCUGGAGCAGAGGAGGCUGAUGUCUGACCAUGAGAAGCUGAAGGUGGAGGAACAGGAGAAGGACAUGAAGCUCCAGAAGCUGGUCAUCUUCAACGAGCAGAGAGAGCAGGCCAGACAGGACCUCAAGGGACUGGAGGAGACUGUGGCCAAAGAGCUGCAGACUCUUCAUAACCUACGCAGGCUCUUUGUUCAAGACCUCACAACACGCGUCAAGAAGAGUGCAGAGCUGGACUGUGAGGAUGGAGUGGGCAGCGCCGCCCAGAAACAGAAGAUCUCCUUCCUGGAGAAUAACCUGGAGCAACUCACUAAAGUCCACAAGCAGUUGGUGCGUGACAACGCGGACCUUCGCUGCGAGCUUCCCAAGCUGGAGAAGCGUCUGCGGGCCACGGCCGAGCGGGUCAAGGCCCUGGAGAAUGCGCUGAAGGAUGCCAAGGAGAAUGCUAUGAGGGACAGGAAACGCUACCAGCUAGAGGUGGACCGCAUCAAGGAGGUCGUCAGGGCCAAGAACAUGGCCAGGAGAGGAAACUCCGCUCAGAUCGCUAAGCCCAUCCGGCCAGGCCAACACCCCCUGUCUUCCCCUACAGUCAUCAGAGGAGGAGGCCUCUACAGCCACAGCUACAACCUCAGCACCAAGUAACCAUGUAGAAUCUAGACCCUGAGUCACGAGUGCAUGUGUGGUAGGUACAGACUGUCCCAUUCCCAGUAAGACCCCUCUGCCCUCAUCCUCUUUUUCUUCCCCUGGGUCUAGGAGUAAGACCCCUCUGCCCUCAUCCUCCUGUCCUUCCCCU